AGAGGUAACUUUUGUUGUAAGGACAAAGCAAAAAGGCUCCAACGCUCUCCUCGCUAAGCAGUAAGCACCACGCGCGCCCUCCCUCUCAGUCUCUCUCUCUCUCAAACAACCACCUCAGCCUAUAUAUACAUCCAACACGCCAAAAAGCAGACGAAAACCAGCGCGGCGAGCAGAUAUCCCACGAGAAAGCCCUCGACCCCUUCAAUUCUCCAGCAAACUAGUCACCGGCGUGUGCACUGGUGCAGUGCACGCACGACGCCGGCAGCAUGGCGGGCAGGGCCAGGGCACGGCGGUUCGUGCUCGCCGGCGCUCUGAUGAUCGCCUGGCUCCUCUGUCUUCUCCCACGGGCCACGGCGGCGGCCGUCCGCAGGAGCGACUUCCCGCCGUCGUUCCUCUUCGGCACCGCCACCUCCUCGUACCAGAUCGAAGGCGCGUACCUCGAGGGCAACAAGAGCUUGAGCAACUGGGAUGUCUUCAGCCACGUACCAGGAAGAAUCGAAGACGGAAGCACCGGAGAUGUCGCGGAUGAUCACUAUCAUCGUUACGAGGAUGACAUUGAGCUCAUGCACUCUCUCGGCACCAACGCCUACAGAUUUUCUAUAUCAUGGGCCAGAAUUCUUCCGAGAGGGAGAUUCGGCGAGGUCAACCCAGCAGGCAUCGCGUUCUACAACAGACUCAUCGACUCGCUCCUGCUCAAAGGGAUAGAGCCGUUCGUGACGCUGUCCCACUACGACAUCCCGCAAGAGCUGGAGGACAGGUACGGGGCGUGGCUCGGCGGCGCCGAGGCGCGGCGCGACUUCGGCCACCUGGCGGACGUGUGCUUCGCGGCGUUCGGGGACCGCGUCAGGCACUGGGCCACCUUCAACGAGCCCAACGUCGCGGUCACCAGGGGCUACAUGCUCGGCACCUACCCGCCGGGCCGAUGCUCGCGCUCCUGCGCCCGGGGUAACUCCGACGCCGAGCCCUACGUCGCCGCGCACAACGUCGUCCUGGCCCACGCCGCCGCCGUCCAGAUCUACAAGACCAAGUACCAGAGCAAGCAGAAGGGCUUGAUCGGCAUCGUGAUGUCCACUGUCUGGUUCGUGCCGCUGACGGACGCGCCGGCGGACCGGCUGGCGACUGAGCGGGCGCUGGCCUUCGACGUUCCAUGGUUUCUUGACCCGAUAAUCUACGGAGACUACCCUCCGGAGAUGCGCCGGCUCCUGGGCUCCAGGCUGCCGACCUUCUCGCCGGAGGAGAGGAGGACGCUGGGCUACGGGCUGGACUUCAUCGGCAUCAACCACUACACGACGCUGUACGCCAGGGACUGCAUGAUCUCGCCAGGUUAUUGCCCGUCGGGGCAGGAGUUCCACCAAUCGCUGGCGGCCUACACGGGAGAAAGAGACGGGAUUCCCAUCGGACCUCCGACAGCGAUGCCGACGUUCUACGUCGUUCCUGACGGGAUAGAGAAGAUGGUCACCUACAUCAUGAACAGAUACAGCAAUCUCCCCAUGUUCAUAACCGAAAAUGGCUACGCACAAGGUGGGGAUGGUUAUACUACCCGUGCCGAGGACUGGCUUGACGACCAGGGCAGGAUACAGUACCUCGAGGGCUACCUCGCCAAACUCGCCAAAGUCAUCAGGUGCAUCCAUUUGGUUUCGAAUUUCACAGUGACGGCGCCGAUGUCCGUGGCUACUUCAUCUGGUCUCUCAUUGACAAUUUCGAGUGGCUAUAUGGGUACACCCUCCGCUUCGGCCUUCACUACGUUGACUACCAAACGCAGGAGAGAAAGCCGAAGUCGUCGGCGCUGUGGUACAAACGGUUCCUCCAGAGUUCACUUGAAGCUCAAUAGAUGAAUAGAGAGAGGAUGCCUUGUUCGAAGUACAGGCACACAACAUGAGCUUGUGAGUGUGACGACUGAACAUGCUGCUUCUUCAAUUCAGAAAAUGAAGGGCGUGAUCUUUAUAUGAAUUUAUUGAUCCUUAAUAAAGGGGACCACUACAGUUGCCAUCUCCGACGUCCAGCCCACAGUGAAACUUGGGGUGGAGCAUUUUCUUCCCCUAGGCGAAGUGUGACAUGCAGCUCCAGAUUUUAACCAUUAUUAUAGAGACCAAAUAGCUCAUUUAUUAUGCAAAACAUUGUCCACACAUGUUAUAGGCUGAAAUCGGAACUAUUUGUGAUAAUUUUAGACUAGCCCAUUUAUUUUGCAAAACAUCCAGAGGCAGCGCUGUAGGAGAACUAAACUUCGUUCUUGGGCUUCGCAGAGAGAGUCAGGGUUAGAGAGAGUAAUGGAGAUACUUUGAUCUACCAAAUCUAUCACCGAAAGAAAGAUUUAUUGAAAAUUUGGAGCCCCUCCCCAUUCGUCGGCUUUUCACAUCUUGUAUUUGUUUUAUCUCAUAAUGGAAUCGACACACCGUGACCUAUUUAUUGA